AUGAGUUUGCUCAGAUGGACUCAGAGGGACAAGCCUCCGGUCCUGCUCAAGGUGAGAUCCUCAGCUGGUCUCAUCGUCACCACCUGUUCCUUUGCCAUCUUCACUGACAUCUUCCUGUACGGUGUCAUUGUUCCUAUUCUCCCAUUCUCUUUCGAGGAACGGGUUGGUAUCAGUCCAGACAAAGUGCAGUAUUGGGUUUCGAUAGCAUUGGCCGUUUUUGGUGCUGCCCUCUUGGCAGGCUCUCCUGUUUGGGGCUAUUUGGCGGAUAGAAACCACAACCGUAAGGUACCCAUGCUGAUAGGUCUCGUCGUACUAUGCGGAGCUACCGUCUUUCUGUGCGUUGGCCGCACGCUCGCUCUGUUCAUGGUUGGCCGUGCUCUGCAAGGUAUAUCAGCGGCACUGACUUGGACUGUUGGCCUCGCGUUGGUCGUUGAUACUGUCGACAAAGAGCACAUUGGUAAAGCUAUGGGCUGGAUCAGCACUGCGUGUAGCCUGGGUAUCUUGGUGGCACCUCUGCUGGGUGGUGUUGUCUAUGGCAAAGGUGGCUACUAUUCUGUUUUUGCAAUGUGCUUUGGUCUGCUUGCCGUAGAUAUUGCCCUCCGUCUUGCAAUCAUUGAAGUCAAGGACGCCAAAGUUUGGCUCGAUAGAACGGGAACAUCAUCCGCAGAUCCAGAAUGCGUUUUGGAAGGGCCAAUCGAACCAAAGGGCGACAAGACUGAAGAUGUACCUGUUCGGACAACCGACGAACAGGCUAAGCAAGUAUCAGACCCAUCUCGCUCACCUAUCAAGACUCUGGUCAAGCUUUUGAAGCAGCCCCGAUUCUUGGCUGCUCUGUGGGGAACAUUUGUUCAGGCACUCAUCAACACGGCACUUGAAAGUACGCUUCCUCUCCUCACGCACGAGAUCUUUGGAUGGGACUCGAUAGGAGCGGGUUUGAUCUUUCUGCCUUUGAUUCUGCCGUCUUUCCUCGGUCCUGUGGUUGGCAUGAUUGGCGAUCGAUAUGGGCCCAAAUGGCUCGCUUCUUUUGGCUUUCUCUUCGCAACGCCCUUUGUUGUGUGCCUAAUGUUUGUCGACGAAAACACCGUACAGGACAAGAUCCUAUUGUGUGGUCUCCUCGCUGGUGUAGGUAUCACAAUGGCCUGCAUCUUCGGUCCGCUAAUGGCCGAGAUCACAUGGGCAGUUCAAGGCGAGGAUGGAACUGGCGGUGCAGGCCAGAUUGCUCAGGCGUAUGGUUUGUACAACAUGGCUUACUCGGGAGGAUCUUUGGUAGGGCCUAUCAUGGGCGGAAUGGUCAAGGAUAGUUCCGGAUGGGGCACUGUUGGCUGGAGUUUGGGUAUAGUUGUGUUUGUGUCAGGCAUUCCAACAUUUUUGUAUACGGGUGGACCUCUCAAACAAAACUUCAAGAUCAAAGAUCGAAGAAGAAGUCCAACUGGUGAUUAA